ACAGUGCUCAUGCGCGCAGCCAGGCCUUUAUAGCGGCGGCAGGAGACACGCUUUCCGCACUCGGGCGCAGCCAGAAGGAUCCGACUCAGGUCCGAGGAGCCCCUCGACUACCAUGUCUGCAGCCUGGAUCCCCGUUCUCUGCCUCGGUGUCUGUCUGCUGCUGCUGCCGGAGCCUGCGGGCAGCCAGGGAGCUGUUCCCAUUGCUAUCACAUGCUUUACCCGAGGCCUGGACAUCAGGAAAGAGAAAGCAGAUGUACUUUGCCCAGGGGGCUGUGCUCUUGAGGAAUUCUCGGUGUUUGGGAACAUAGUGUAUGCGUCUGUAUCAAGCAUAUGUGGCGCAGCUGUCCACAGGGGAGUAAUCAGCAUCUCAGGGGGACCUGUGCGAAUAUAUAGCCUACCAGGUCGAGAAAACUAUUCCUCAGUAGCUGCCAAUGGCAUUCAGUCUCAAACACUUUCCAGAUGGUCUGCUUCUUUCACAGUGACAAAAGGAAAAAGUGGUACCCAGGAAGCCACAGGACAAGCAGUGUCCACAGCACGUCCACCAACAGGGAAACGACUAAAGAAAACACCUGAGAAGAAAACUGGCAAUAAAGACUGUAAAGCUGAUAUUGCAUUUCUGAUUGAUGGAAGUUUUAAUAUUGGGCAGCGCCGAUUUAAUCUACAGAAGAAUUUUGUUGGCAAAGUGGCUCUAAUGUUGGGAAUUGGAACAGAGGGACCACACGUGGGCCUUGUUCAAGCCAGUGAACAUCCCAAAAUAGAAUUUUACUUGAAAAACUUUACAUCAGCCAAAGAUGUUUUGUUUGCCAUAAAGGAAGUAGGUUUCAGAGGGGGUAAUUCCAAUACAGGAAAAGCCUUGAAGCAUACCGCCCAGAAAUUCUUCACAGCAGACACUGGAGUAAGAAGAGGGAUCCCCAAAGUGGUGGUGGUAUUUAUUGAUGGCUGGCCUUCUGAUGACAUUGAAGAAGCAGGCAUCGUGGCCAGAGAGUUCGGUGUCAAUGUAUUUAUAGUUUCUGUGGCCAAGCCUAUCCCUGAAGAACUGGGGAUGGUUCAGGAUGUUGCAUUUGUUGACAAGGCUGUCUGUCGGAAUAAUGGCUUCUUCUCUUACCACAUGCCUAACUGGUUUGGUACCACAAAAUAUGUAAAGCCUCUGGUUCAGAAACUCUGCACUCAUGAGCAAAUGAUGUGCAGCAAGACCUGUUACAACUCAGUGAACAUAGCCUUUCUAAUUGAUGGCUCCAGCAGUGUUGGAGACAGUAAUUUUCGCCUCAUGCUUGAAUUUGUUUCCAACAUAGCCAAGACUUUUGAAAUCUCAGACAUUGGUGCCAAGAUAGCUGCUGUACAGUUCACCUAUGAUCAGCGCACAGAAUUCAGUUUCACUGAUUAUAGCACCAAAGAGAAUGUCCUAGCUGUUAUCAGAAACAUUCGCUAUAUGAGCGGUGGGACAGCCACAGGCGAUGCCAUCUCCUUCACUGUUAGAAAUGUGUUUGGUCCCAUGAGGGAGAGCCCCAACAAGAACUUCCUGGUAAUUGUCACAGACGGCCAGUCCUAUGAUGAUGUUCGAGGCCCUGCUGCUGCUGCACACGAUGCAGGUAUCACCAUCUUCUCUGUUGGUGUGGCUUGGGCACCUUUGGAUGACCUGAAAGAUAUGGCCUCUAAACCAAAGGAGUCACAUGCUUUCUUCACAAGAGAGUUCACAGGAUUAGAACCAAUUGUUUCCGAUGUCAUCAGAGGCAUUUGUAGAGACUUCUUGGAAUCCCAGCAAUAAUGGGGACGUUCUGACAACUGAAAGAAAAAGUGCAAGAGGAUAGAAUGUAUAAGUCAUUUUCUCAUACCAAAAUACUAUAUAGCAUACUAGGAUCAGAUACAAAACUAUUAUAUUAAAAAUGCCAACAGCUGUUUCAAGCAAAUAAGCAUUCAUUUAAAGCUACUACCUUCUAAUGACAAUUUAGAAUUGUUAAAACUCUGCCGAGACUUCAUAAUCAUGACCCUUAGAAACUCAGGAAAGAGGAAAUAUCGUGCAUCCAAAUCUUAAGAAUUCUAAAAUGCGUAUUAUAUGUAUAGAAAUGCAAAUUCCAUAGCUCAAUAAAAUGAUAUUCAGAACAAAAGCAACAUUCCUUCUCUAAUCAUUGUAUUAAACACAUAAGGAAAAUGAAACAGUUAAUUCAGUUAAAAUGUUAUUUUGCCCCAAUAGAUGUUGUUUUAAAACCAACAAUAUUUGUUACUUGAUAUACUAAAAAGUUGUAAUUAUGAAUGAAAUGGAAGGGAAUUAGGCAUGAAGUUUCUUUUGUAGUGUAUUUUCAUAACAUAACGGGAGUAUCACACUGAACAAGACAGCAGGAUUGCCUGGUAUUUUUCUAUUUAUAUCCUUAAUUUUAUACGUGUAUAGAUAUAUUUGGCUUAUACUCAAAGUCAUCCAUGUACUAAAAAAUAGCUAAGUUGGUAAAUUUUUACUUACUACUUAUAGUUGUAAACAUUUGGCUGUGAGGAAAAGCACGUAUUAAAAAUAGAACUGCAGGGAAAAAUAUUGUAGUUUGACUAUUUAAGCAAUAAACUGUUAGUGACUAUUAUUCUAAGCUGCUUUACUUUUAUUAUCCCAAGUAUCUAUCCCUGGAACAUGGUAAAAAAUCCUACAUUCACUAUUUUAUGCAGAAAGACCAAUUCUGAAUUUUUUAAAUUGUUAUAUUUAUUCAACUAUUUAUUGAAUGUCUCCUGUUCUAGGCAUUAUACACACAGCCACUACCAAGUUAAACAGCAUGAGAUGCUUUUGAUUAAACAAAAAUGUCUUCUAACAUUAUCUUUACUUCCAUAUGCUUGUAAAGUUGGUUUUUGAAAAGUGAUGAGAAUUCCCUUAAUAUAACUAUCAU